ACGCCGAGUUUCACUCUAGCUGCCUCCUCCUCAGAGUCGGAGCCACAGCCGAAGCUGUGCCUAGGCCGAGCCGGAGCUGCAGCCCGAGCUUGGCGGUGCCUCAGGCUGCCCCCUCGCUCUCCUCAGCCUCGGUGCCUUGGAAUUUGUGUUGCUGAGUCAGCAAGCCUUUCAGAUUUGCCCAGUUUAUGUUGUUUGCAUUUUCUAUCAAGAUGGGAACUCAAACAAGUCAUUCCUCCUAAGGAUCUGGUGUCUCCAUCAAGAAGGGACAGUUUGUGCCAACUCUCCAGAGAAGAGGGGAGCUGUAGAAGAGAUGGGAUAGAGCUAUACUUCAGAAAGCCCAGACUGAUCUCUGAGGUGAACCAGGAGUGACAAGAGCUGGAGAAGCCAGUUAAGAGAUUACAUACCAAGAUGAGAGGCAUAAAGGUCCCAUUGAGAUGCUGGCAGUGGGGCUGAGGAGGGAGGAGCGCAAACCCUGGCAGCUGUUAGGGCAAAUGUUGAGGAAGAGCAAGAAUCCCAGGAGCCAGUGUAUCCAGGAGGAAAGGGAAAAUUAGGAAAGAAGGUCUGCUAGAUGCACUGGGCAAUGAACCUGAGACUCCAGGCCAGAGUGGUCUGAGGCGUUUGGGGAAGUAGAAGUUUGGAGAAGAUGGCCAUGGCCCCAAGUCCUUCCCUGCAACAAGUAUACAGCAGCCCCGUGGCAGUGGCUGUGUGGGAAUGGCAGGAUGGACUGGGUACCUGGCACCCCUACAGUGCCACUGUCUGCAGCUAUAUCGAGCAGCAAUUUGUCCAGCAGAAGGGCCAGCGCUUUGGGCUAGGAAGCCUGGCCCAUAGCAUCCCUUUAGGACAGGCUGACCCAUCCCUGGCCCCUUACAUCAUUGACCUUCCCAGCUGGACUCAGUUCCGCCAGGACACUGGUACCAUGCGGGCUGUACGGAGGCAUCUGUUCCCCCAGCAUUCAGCUCCGGGCCGGGGCAUCACCUGGGAGUGGCUGAGUGAUGACGGCUCCUGGACUGCCUAUGAAGCCAGCAUCUGUGACUAUCUGGAGCAGCAGGUGGCCCGGGGUAACCAGCUCGUGGACUUGGCUCCCCUUGGGUACAACUAUACUGUCAACUACGCCACCCACACGCAGACCAACAAGACUUCCAGUUUCUGCCGUAGAGUGCGGCGCCAGGCAGGGCCCCCUUAUCCGGUGACCACCGUCAUUGCUCCGCCGGGCCACACGGGAGUCGCCUGCUCUUGCCACCAGUGCCUCAGCGGCAGCGGAACUGGCCCUGUGUCAGGUCGCUACCGCCACUCCAUGACCAACCUCCCUGCAUACCCUGUCCCUCAGCCCCCCCACAGGACUGCCAUUGUCUUUGGGGCCCACCAGGCCUUUGCCCCGUACAACAAGCCCUCACUUUCUGGGGCAAGGUCUGCUCCCAGGCUGAACACCACCAACCCCUGGGGUGGGGCACCGCCCUCCUUGGGGAACCAGCCCCUCUACCACUCCAGCCUCUCUCACCUGGGACUGCAGCACCUACCCCCAGGAUCGUCCACUGCCAGUGGAGCCAGUGCCUCCCUCCCCAGCGGCCCUUCAAGCAGCCCUGGGAGUGUCCCCACCACUGUGCCCGUGCAGAUGCCGAAGCCCAGCAGGGUCCAGCAAGCCCUUGCAGGCAUGACGAGUAUUCUGAUGUCAGCCAUUGGACUCCCUGUGUGUCUUAACCGCGCACCUCAGCCCGCCAGCUCUCCCGCCUCCUGUCUGGCCUCUAAAAGUCACAGCUCAGUUAAGAGAUUGAGGAAAAUGUCCGUGAAAGGAGUGACUGCAAAGCCAGAGCCAGAGCAAGUGAUAAAAAACUACACUGAAGAGCUGAAAACACCCCCAGAUGAGGACUGUAUCAUCUGCAUGGAGAAGCUGUCUGUGGUGUCUGGGUACAGUGACGUGACUGACAGCAAGACCAUCGGGCCGGUGACUGUGGGCCGCCUUGCCAAGUGCAGCCAUGCCUUCCACCUGCUCUGCCUGCUGGCCAUGUACUGCAACGGGAACAAGGAUGGAAGUUUGCAGUGUCCGUCCUGCAAAACCAUCUACGGAGAGAAAACUGGGACCCAGCCCAGGGGGAAGAUGGAGGUGUUCCACUUCCAAGUGUCCCUCCCUGGCCAUGAGGAUUGCGGGACAAUACUCAUAGUUUACAACAUUCCUCAUGGCAUUCAGGGCCCAGAACACCCCAACCCUGGAAAGCCGUUCACCGCCAGAGGGUUUCCCCGCCAGUGCUACCUUCCUGACAAUGCCCAGGGUCGCAAGGUCCUGGAACUGCUGAAGGUGGCAUGGAAGAGGCGACUCAUAUUCACAGUGGGGACAUCCAGUACCACAGGCGAGACGGACACAGUGGUGUGGAAUGAGAUCCACCACAAGACAGAGAUGGACCGAAAUGUCACAGGUCACGGCUACCCUGACCCCAACUACCUGCAGAACGUGCUGGCAGAGCUGGCCGCCCAGGGGGUAACUGAGGACUGCCUGGAGCAGCAGUGACUCUCUAGCCUGGCUGGCCCCGUUCCCCACCAUCAUGCUUGCCUCUGGCACCAGCAGGGCAGGGUUGCCCCCUGGGAUGGGCCGGCAGGAAGGUGCCUUUUGUGAGAGGUUGGAAUGUUUGUCGUGGGCACAGGCAUGCACCGCUGAAAGCUAGGGCUUCUCCUGCCUGCCUUUCCCCCAUCCUCCCCUCCAGGCCUGGAUCGUGUGGGAAUUGGGCAAGACUAGGGAGUUGUACUUGUGGGGCUUAAGAGGCAGCUACCUCAGUGCAAGGGCCCUCUGUCCUCGGUGGGUGGCAUUGGGCCCUCAGUGCCAGGGGCCUGGCAUGGGGCCAGGAGAAACUGCUCCCUUCCCAUCCAGGGGCAGGUAUGGGUCUGGGUCAGCUUCUUAUACCUCAGAUGUUCUGUUUGCAAUAAAUGCCCUGUAGCCAAAGUCAGCGGGCCCUGGUAUGUCUUUCAGUGGAGAGACUGUGAUGGAUCUGGGGUGUGUGUAUAUGUGUAUGUGAGAGAGAGAUGUGGGGUGUAUGUGAUCUGGGGUGUGUCUGUGUGAUCUGAUGUGUGAAGGCCAGCACACACAUGUGCUACUACAUCGGAAUAGGAAGGCACCUCAUGGCUGCCCACUUGACCCCCAGUUCCCAAAUGCAGCUGUGGCUCCCACUCCCACGUCCACCUCCCCUCUGGUUCCUCUGGCCUCCUCAGGGCUCUGGUUUAUAUGGUGCAGCCCACAUGGACCAGGAGCGCCUUUCUCCAUUUCACAGAUGAAGAAACUAAGGCUCCAGGCUUAGGGUGGAGGUGAGGCUAGAAGCCGGGCCGGGACUGCUCUGAGGCCAGCCUCAAAGCUGCAGUUCUUCUCGACCCUCUCAGAAAGAGGAUCAAGUUCUCUCACAUUUGCUUUCUGCCUGGGGCUGGAAGGACACAGGGCCAGGUUAUGCCUGGACCCUUGCGCCAUAAGAGAAAAAACUAAAAGUUCUAUUUUAUGAUUUAUUGGUAUAAAGAUAACUAUAUAUUACAGCGUUUUUUUCCCCUUUUUCCAUCUAAGUUUGUUUUCCUUCUUUCUUUAAAAGA